AUGGAUCGACAUGGCAGCGCGACGCCCCCACGACAAUCUCCUGAAGAUAUCUAUCCAAAUGAUGCCAAUAAUGUCCAAUACCCACCGUCACGCCCCUCGGGAACAGCUCUGCAUCAACGCAACGCCAGCGUGAGCAGCGUCAAGAGUACCGGAGACGCAAAGGACGUUCCAAGGAUCUAUGGUCUCCCACUCAAAUAUGUCUCCCUGGUCACGUUAGCACUACAAAAUGCAUCCUUGGCAAUCAUAAUGCACUAUUCACGAAUAACUGUCGCUCCAGACAAAGUUUACUCUGCGUCUGCAGCGGUCCUUAUGAAUGAAAUCCUCAAGGGCAGCAUUUCUUUCCUCAUCGCGUUCACCCGCGUGAAAGCGUCAAGCCCUACGACAAGAGGAUACGAUAUGCUACCACCUACGCCAGCAGUCUCUGGUUUUUCCAGCGGCUCGCCAGCGGAUGCCGGCCUCGGCAGUUAUCUCGUCCGCUUGCGGACGCUCAUUUCCCAGAUCGCCUCUGCGGACUCGUGGAAGCUCGGGAUUCCCGCGCUUCUGUAUGUACUGCAGAACAAUCUGCAGUAUAUAGCAGUUUCCAAUCUCGAAGUCCCGACGUUUCAAGUCACGAAUCAAAUGAAGAUUCUCACCACGGCCGGCUUUAGUGUAUUAUUGCUGCGGAAACGAUUGACGGGAUGGAAAUGGGCAAGUCUCGCACUACUUACGAUUGGUGUUGGCAUCGUCCAAAUUCAAGCCUCUGCGGCAGCGCAUACACCCUCGCAACCCAUUCAACUCCCAGAGGGAGACCUUGGAGGAGAUAGCGUGGAUCCAGCCCCAGAGCCUCACCCCAUGCAUCCUCUGACUGGAUUCUUGGCGGUAUCCGCGUCCUGCUUCACGUCGGGACUUGCAGGUGUCUACUUUGAAAUGGUCCUCAAAGGGACAAAGGCGGAUCUCUGGGUUCGAAACGUACAACUCAGCUUGUGGAGUUUGAUUCCAGCCCUUAUCCCAGUUCUCAUCCCGAUCAUGCGUGAGGGCGCAGCUAUUAGCACCAUGUUUGCAAACUUUGGGUUCUGGGCAUGGUGCACGGUCCUUACACAGGUAUUUGGAGGACUUGUCACCGCACUUGUGAUUAAAUACUCCGACAAUAUCCUCAAAGGAUUUGCGACGUCGCUCUCCAUCGUCCUUUCGUUCCUCGCAUCUGUCGCCAUUUUCGACGUGGUCAUCACCCCAUCCUUUGUAUUGGGUGCUACAGUGGUUUUAGGAGCGACAUGGAUGUACAAUUCGCCGGAUACGGUGAGGGAAGCCGUAAACAAGGAAUUCGGACAACGCGAUCCUGUGCAUCUAUCCGGAGAGGAUGUCUCACUGCUCAACGGCACGCGCAAAAGCACCGAACAGGAUGAUGACAAGGAGCAGAAUUAUGACCUUCCGACAGUCUCACCCGUCGAUUCGCGUGCGAUGCCGUUUGGCUAUCCGGCGCCGUCAGACUCGAAGCCGCCACCACCACCAAGUAGAGCAUCCACGAGCAAGCCUGGUGGAUAA